AAACAUAUUACGUUCAUUGUUGUCGUAGCACAUGGUGUGUACACAAAUUUCAUGAUAUAUAAUCAGGAAAACGUUUUCACGCUUGUUCGCUCGCGAUAAACUCGCCGUUCAAUGUACCCAGUGGCUGACAUUGACUUCGCAACUAUUUACACUUCUCUAAUUACCAUUUUUACGAUCAAUCGAUUCUUCAAUAUCUUCUCUCAAAAGUCGUACCUAGAAAUCCAUAACGACGGAAAAGUACACGUUAAAUGAUCCGCUACCGUUACGUACUCCUAAAGUGAUUUACAUUCCUACUUCUUGCUAUUCCAUAUCAAUUUACAGCUUGAUCAUCGUGACUAAAUUCCUGCGCCAUAUUUGGUCUUGGAAACAGCGAAUAGGAGGUCAUGGUCUGAACGAGGCCAUUCGAUGAAUAUCCUUGUUUAUAUCUUGUCUUAGUUUUACUACCUCUUGUUUACUCGGGGCUUUUAAUUAAAAAGACACCGAGAAAUGCAUGGUUAAAGGACCAUGCUUCUAAAAUUUACCUUGCGAGGAUUAUGCGCCGUAAAGCGAUAAUAAUAAUGCUGGAAUGUUACAUAGUGUACACAGGGAUUUCUAAGAACCUAACUCAAAAUCUCUACCUACGUAAAGUAAUAAAACGUUUAGUGCAACCUCUGCCAAAACUUUGUUCAUUUCCGAAAAUUGCUGAAAUCAUAAAUCAAGGAGAUUUAAACCUCGAUAUUCCCUUGUAUCGGUUGUAGGUCAUUUUACAAUAUAAAUUGUCUGUUCCAUUAAAUGCAUUCGAAAACACCCCCAAGCCCUCAUUUUGUUUCAAAAUCAAAUCUCAACAAUCUAUUUUCGUUCCAAACCCACGUUUUCCCGAUAUUCUAUAAUUUCUUACAUCUACCCGUAGGUCCCGUACUUAUGGCAUUGAACGCACCCUAUUCCCAGGAGGCCCGGUAAACGAUAACCCCAGUAAAUCACGACCCUAAAAGUGUCAGGAACUCUAUAUUUAAAGUCCCAGAAUAAAUUCUAAAACAAGAGAUUAAGAAGCACCGACGACGGAUAGGCAUGGCCGGGUGGUGCAUAAGCUUGCAUAGGCACGCAUCAACGACGGUGUACGAUGGUUGCUCUCGAGCCGGUAAUCGACAUUCUACUGGUCACAGUCACAGGUAGUCGAUUCACCGACCAAGUAGAAUGGCUGGUGUGUCUGGCAGAGUACUCUACCGGGGGGGAGGGGAGACGUUGCUCCCUGCUCACGAUUGAACCUCACAUUUCGUCGUUGCCGUCGCUGUCAUUCGUGUCAGUCGGUCGACUAGGUGGUCUCUGCAAGGAACUUGCACGCUGGAUUCGACACACUCGGCUCACCUUUGCAGAGUGUGAUUGGUGGUGCGCAGGUCUGCCGGAACGGGAUCAUCGCUGAGCAAAAAGGGAAAGAGCAAAGGGAGACGCGCUCCUCUUCAGCUAGCAGAACGGAGCUGCCAUCUCAGCGACUCCUCCACAUGUGGACAUCGCCGUCCCGACUCAGGAUCGGCCGGGCACCCAGGAAAAAGAUAACACCUUAGAGCAGAUAGCUGCUUCCCCUGCAGCUACCGCGACCGGUGAACGAUGGAGAACACCAGGAGGAAACUGUCCUUCCUCGGCUUCGGCAAGAGGGUAUCGGUCGACGGUCAUGGCGCGGAAACGGGACCGGAACUCGACGAGGAGAUGGAGAAGGUAUUCGCGAUGGACACCGGAGAAAAAUUCGACGUAGCCCGACUCGGUUCACCUUCCGAAUCAGCGGGAUCCGAUCGAGAUCGAGACCGAGAUCGCGAUCGAGAUCGAGAUCGAGGCCCACCACCACGAUAUGGAGAUCGCGACUUCAAUCAGCACCGAAAAAGAAGUUACCCUCAUCCGCAUAUGCCCUUAAAAAGUAUUCGUUCCAGAUCUAUGCGACGGCACCUUUCAUCGCUCGGUUACAGGGAAGGAUCCACAGCAGCGGAAGCUGGCCAAGAAGAGGAGAACGGUCAAGUACAAACAGGAAAUGGCAGUGGACCGGAAGGAGACGUUAUGGACAACGGACUGUCCUCCAGCACCACGCACGACGCGGACGAAGAAACUGCUGAAGAAACGGAGAACGUGGUCAGCAGCGAGAGCGAGGCACCGAUUUCAGAAAGGGCUGCUUCCGGUUUCAGCGACAGUCCCAGCAUCGGCAGCCCGCGGGUACAAUUCGAGCAGAUCAAGGAAGAAGAAGUGCCUCCUCUGAAGAACGACGAGGCAACGAACGAGAGUACACCCGGAACUCACGAAGAAGACCGAAAGUGUCGAAGACAUCAGAAACACGAGCACAAAAGACAUCACCACAAGUCCAGGAAAUAUUCGUUGCAAGAGGACCCGCAAUGGAGAAAGCGAUCGGGAGCGGGUCUCCCGGAUGGCGCGGGUGUUUUGGCGAGGAGGGUCAGCGUGCAGCCGGAAGAGGCGAGCACUUUGCAGGAGCUGGACAUAGACGACCUGGAGUCGCACAGAAGCGACGAUCCCCGGGGGAUGAGACGGCACAAAGCUGCUCAUUCGACGGUGCAGAUCGGCCGCAAAAAAGAGGGUGGCAUACCCCAUGACACCUUCAAGAAGAUGUACGACCACUCCCCGCACGAGGUGUUCGUCCAGCUGGACGAGCUGCACGGGUUGGGAGAGGAUCGAGAGUGGAGAGAAACGGCUAGAUGGAUCAAAUACGAGGAGGACGUCGAGGAAGGCGCGGACAGAUGGGGCAGGCCCCACGUUGCCUCCUUGAGCUUCCACUCGCUGCUGAAUCUUCGACGAUGUUUAGAGACCGGGGUGGUUCUUCUGGAUCUGGAGGAAAAGGAUCUUCCGGGACUGGCGUACAGAGUAGUCGAGCAAAUGGUGGUCGAGGAACUGAUUCUUCCGGAGGACAGACCCGUGGUGAUGAGAGCUCUUCUUCUUAGGCACAGACACGUUCACGACCACGAUCGUGGGUUCCGGUUUGGAGGCAAACGGAACUAUUCCAGCUACACCAGUCUACAGAACUUGAACGACACGAAACCGAAGAUCUUAUCUUCGAACUUGGCCCUGGACAGCAAUCACACCGUAAUCGACAUGAAGGAGGAGAUCACGUUCACGAGCAGCAACGAAGAUUUGAAGAAAAGCCACAACGAUUACAUUCUGAAAAGGAUCCCGGCUGGUGCCGAGGCUACGGUCGUAUUAGUCGGUGCUGUUGAUUUUCUGGACCAACCAACGAUCGCUUUCGUGAGACUGGCCGAGGGUGUAUUCAUUCCAUCGAUCACGGAAGUCACGAUACCAGUAAGAUUCAUGUUCACGUUGCUGGGGCCAAGGAACGCUGAUCUAGAUUAUCACGAAAUCGGUAGAUCGAUCGCCACGCUGAUGGCCAAUACGUCGUUCCAUAAAGUCGCUUACAAAGCUAACGAGAGGCGCGAGCUUCUGUCCGCGAUCAACGAAUUCCUGGACGACUCGAUCGUUUUGCCUCCCGGCGACUGGGAACGACAAGCGUUACUGCCGUUCAACGAGCUGAAGGCGAAAAGCGAGGCGAUCAGGCAACGAAAGGCUAAGGCGCUCGAGGAAAAGAGUAAACCAGUUCAGAGCGAGGCUGCUGCCACAAAAGCUCUUCUCGCCGGCGAAGGAGAGAAGAAACCUCCCGACGGCGACGAUCCUCUACGCAGAACGAAGCGUCCGUUCGGUGGCCUCAUCAACGACAUCAAAAGACGCUACCCCUUCUAUUUGUCCGACUUCACCGAUGGGUUGAGUUCCUCUUGCCUGGCAGCGGCCAUUUUCAUGUACUUUGCUGCUCUCUGUACAGCCAUAACUUUCGGUGGUCUGAUGAGCGACAAAACGCACAACAUUAUCGGUAUAUCGGAAACGCUGAUUUCCGGAUCUUGGACCGGAGUAGUGAUGGCACUCUUCUCUACUCAGCCUCUGGUCAUUAUCGGUACGACCGGCCCCCUCUUGUUGUUCGACGAGAGUUUGUACAACUUCUGUCUAGCCAACGAACUGGAGUUCUUAACCGUGAGGGUGUACGUUGGCGCGUGGAUGGGGAUCAUCGCUUUGGCCAUCGCGUGCGUCGAGGGAUCUGUGCUGGUCAGACUGUUCACCCGUUUCACCGAGGAAAUCUUUACCGGAUUAAUUUCCAUACUCUACAUCGUCGAGACUUUUAUCAAAUUGUACAAUUACUUCGUGAAGAAUCCACUGCUCGAGGAGUAUAGCUUUAUUCCUGAAAAUAACCUGACAUUAUACCAAGAACCUAUCAACGUAACCGAGAUGAAGGUCGUUUCCCCUGAAACCGGUGAAACGGUCGUUAUUCCAUUGGAGGAACCUCAGGUUUUGAUACCGGCUUACAACGUUGCUGGACUGCUGAUCAAUCAACCGAACACCGCUCUCAUGUGCACCAUUCUGUGUCUCGGUACUUUCCUUGGCGCUUAUUACCUGCGUAUCUUCCGUAACAGUCAUUAUCUCGGACGAAGCGCCAGAAGAGCUUUCGGUGACUUUGGUGUUCCGAUUAGUAUCAUCGUAUUUGCACUGAUCGACUAUCUGGCCAAAGUGAAGACGGAGAAGUUGCUGGUCCCGGAAGGACUGUCGCCAACUCUGCCUGGAAGAGAUUGGAUCGUCUCACCCGCUGGUCUACAGAAACCGAUCCCAUUAUGGAUGGCCAUGGCUUGCAUCGUGCCAGCGUUAUUGGUUUACAUUCUCGUUUUCAUGGAAACUCAGAUCUCCGAGCUAAUCAUCGACAAGAAAGAGCGAAAACUGCGAAAAGGUAACGGCUACCACAUGGAUAUAGUGGUGGUGUGUUUGAUGAACGUUGGCUGUGGUUUAAUGGGCGCUCCAUGGUGCUGUGCCGCCUCGGUCAGAUCACUGACACACGUCUCAGCGGUGACAGUAAUGUCUCGCACUCACGCUCCCGGCGACAAACCACACAUCGUCGAAGUGAAAGAGCAAAGGGUGAGCGCGUUGUUGGUCGCCAUAUUGAUUGGCGUGAGCGUGUUGAUGGCGCCACUGUUGCGUCGUGUACCAAUGUCCGUCCUUCUGGGAGUGUUCCUCUACAUGGGUAUCUCCUCGACUACCGGCGUGCAGCUGUUCGAUCGUGUCAAGUUAUUCUUCAUGCCAGUCAAACACCAUGGAACGGCCAAUUACGUUCGACGCGUGCAGACCUAUAAGAUGCACAUCUUCACCCUCAUACAGAUCAUGUGCCUGGUCAUACUGUGGAUCGUAAAGAGCACUAGGGCGGCCUUGGCGUUUCCGUUCUUCCUGAUUCUCAUGAUACCUCUGCGGGCUCAGAUGAGCCACUUUUUUACCGCGGCCGAGCUACGGGCACUCGACAGCAAAGGAUCGGAACACGAAAGCACAGAGGACGAGCCAGAUUUUUACGAGGAAGCUCCGUUACCUGGUUAGGUAGUGCCUUAUUCAACCUCUCCUUUAUUGUAUCGUCUCUCCUUCUUCCUCCUCCUUGUACCUCUAUUGUUUCCCCUUCUUCCCUUUCCCUAUCCUUUAUUCUUCAUUGUCUUCAGGUUGGUCUGUUCGUGCUUUCUGUCACGUGCACACUUUCCUAUCAUGUAUCGUAGAACGACACUUGAAUACUAUAGCGUGAAGAAUUCUCUCGAAAAGUCUAUUUUCGUGAAAAAGAGCAUAUAUGUAUACCGAUGAGUUAUGGAAGAAAGAGCGCGCGAGAGAGAGAGAGAGCGAGAAAGAGAGGACGUAGAUAAGUAGGGGUAUUCUGAUCCCCAAAGCUGGGUAAACUCAUUAAAUUCGAAAAAUUUAUUUUUUGCUACAAAAUUUGUAAAUAAUCGAUAACGAUAUCGCGAGGUGAAACGGUGCGAAUACGUUCUUGCCCACAUCUUGGGUACGUGUAGGUACUUGAAAUUAUAUUUUAUCGAAUCUCGUCGAUCGUGUAUGAUUAUAAAUGGUAAAAGGUUAUAUUCGAUAAACAGAUAUUCACUUGCAGGUAAUACAAUCUAACUAAAGACGUUAACAAAUGGAAAAUACACAAGGUACCUGCACGCUGUCUAAUGUAUUCGUAAUAGUCGAUCGAGAUUCGUUUCAUCUUUCUUUGAUUCGAUGGGAAAAAGGUGCCUGUGAGUGCCUCUAAAAAACAGAAUGGUGAUGAACGACACGUUGCUCAGGAAAAAUUUAAUGUAUAGGCACAGAAUACGAGAGUGCCAAAUCAAAAGAUGAUAAAUUACUUAAAUGGUGCUGGUCCGUCUACACGGAAGUGACGUAGGCGAGGAAAAACUAAAUCUUUUAUAAAGAAAUACCCGAAUAGUUCUCGUUAGCUGUUCUUGUCGAUGAAUAUUAUAUAUCUAUAAUUUCUUUGGGACCGUAACUCGUUAGCACUGCGUGCGAAAAAUUACAAUCAUUUAGCAAUAUCCGUUGAAUAUGUGCUCUAAAAUUAAUAACUAUACCUAGAUGAAGAUGGUAUUUUAUAAGUAACUUAAAAAAUGAACCUAAUAAGUGUUAGGAAAAUGUAAAAAAAGAACAGAGAUAUAGUUUGUACUGUGUUUCAACUAUAAAUACUUAAUAGGUCAGAUUUAUUGUCCUGCCAAUAACAAAUCGAUUCCUGUGCCGUUAAAAUUUAUUUUCCUAAAUAAAAUCUCUAUUAACGUUUCUUUUAUAAAGUUCUUGGCAAUACUUCUACGACAUUCUGUUGCUAUAGAUAUAUUUUCUAUACACGAGAUAAAACUUAAGAAAAGCGCUUCAUCGUCAUGCAAUAACGUACUUUUUCUUUAUUCGUCUCUAUUGCAUGAACAUCUACAGAUUUUGUAACUUUUAAGAUGGGAGUUUCAAACGGUAUUCAGAAAAUGAAUAUUUUCCUUCGAAUGUUAAUUUAAAGGAUGUGCGUUACGUUGCACGAUUGUUGCAAUUCAAGGAAGAGGUACUCUCGACAACAUUUAGAAAAGUACCUGACAACGUUAUUAAAACCUAGAGAGAAACAGCUUCAAGGUUCAAGCAUUUAAAAAAUUACUCCGGAGAAAGCUUGGGUCGCCUUUAAGUCACAUUUAUUGUAAACAGUUUUUAUUUAACUCAAUCGUGUACUUAUUUAAACAUAGUAUAUAAGUGAAAUUAAAGUUAAUGAAAUUAAA